ACAUUAGCUUGGGUGUAAUGUUAAUGCGUGCCUUUGGAGGCCACGAUGGCGCAAACACCCAUUCAUCUGCAGCACUCGUAUGACUACGAGAAUAGGGAUGACAGCGAAAACGUUUUCCGUCAUGUAUCCUCUAAGGAGGGUUCCAUAUCGCAGCGUUCGACUAUUGAGAGCACCGCAGACGUCGGUGAGGCUUAUGAAGACCUUUUUCUUCUUCAGGAGAUAGCCUUUGAUCUUCCUGAGAUGGAGGGCAUGUUGUUGAGUACAAUGUCCUCUAUGAAACAUCGCAAUUCUUUUUCUCUUCCAGCAUGGUUCGUCGACAUGUUAAGGGCAUCCGUUCACUUUAUUAUGAUGGCUGGUUUCAUAUUUACUAUUGGAUUCAUUGCCAGUUUUUUCAUGUCUGCACCAACUGGGUUUACUGGUACUGUAAUAUGGGAGUCACCUCGCGCUGUGGGUGAACCUCAGCACAAGUUAUACGUCAUUACAAAGGAUGACGGUUCCCUAUCUCUUGAAGGAACUUUAUACCUAUCGCAUCAUGUCUUCAAUCCAACGCCUUUUACGGCGUCAUUAUCCUCUCAUGUAUUUGUUUUCUAUUUACCUAAAUCGGGUCAGGUGAACCAAAGAAAGGAGGAUUGUUUAAAUGAAGCCCUUUGGACGGUGCCAGACAACACGACAGAUUUUCUGCGUGAUUCUGUUAAGGGCAUAUUUAAACACGACGAAAAGAAAUCUGCUGUGACCCCGUUUCCCCAUGUCGAAGGAUUGGACGACCACCAUGAUUCUGAUAAUGAGGAAGAAGGUGCUGAUGGCGUUUGCACGCAGCACAGUCUUGUUACUUUACGUAGUGUCAAGGCAGUUAAUGACGACGACAUUGCGUUACCUCUUGAGGUUAGGGACAAUUCACUAUUUGACACGUUCAAGUCAUUUUUGAUGUUGGAUAACAACUUACAUUUGAUUACAAACGUGCAGCCUGGAUUGAAUGAGAUAAGUUAUUUAAUUAGUGUGAGUGAGCGUAUACCUCGUAAUCGUGAUACGGAAGAACUGAUCAGGUUUCUAACUGAGGAUGCGCGUGAUGGCAAUAUUCUAUUGCGCGUAUCAUCUGUUGAGCAGCGAUUUGAGACUAUGUUUUUUGGAGGUGACAUGCUACCACAGAAGUUCUAUCCCGUUAAUGUUCCCUGUACCACUAUACCGUAUCCCAGCCGUCAGCGGGAAGUUGAUAAGGUGCGUCGUCAGCAGCACGAGUACUUCAACCGUCAGUUUAACGUUUUAUUGAACAUGGACACAUUGUAUAACCCAAGGUGUCCCUUGUCUCAGGGCGCUGCAGAUUCCAGCCAUUAAGGAGUAGUAUUGCGGCUUUUCAUGGGUGUAUAUAGCC